AACGGCGAAGCGUCUGGGAUUUUCGGCGUGUGUGGUUUUGGUAACUGAAGAAAAAAAAAAGUGUGUGAAGCAGAAGAAGAAGAAGGAAUCGGUGGUGUUAAACUCACGAUCGCACCUCAAACUUUGGUUCCGAUCUUGUUCGACAUUUUUCUCCUUGCGGUUUUUCAGAGGCAUAUUUUUAGUUAUAUGCUCGUGUUUAUUGUUUUCUCACUGCUGAAAUUAUAUAUGGGCUGAGGUGCACUUUUCAUGGGAGGUGUGGAGGAUGAAGAACCAGCCUUGAAACGCAUGAAAUUAUCCUCUAAAGGAUUAGUUGGCUUGUCUAACGGUUCUUCUUCUAUAGAGCCUGUUGGAGGCUUGUCUCGUGAUUUCAUGGCUCGGCCCCUAUCGUCCCCUUCGGACGAACAAGUUGUUGGUUCCAAAGGGGUUAUAAAGAGAGAGGAAUUUGUCAGGAUAAUUGCAAAGGCAUUAUAUUCUCUUGGUUACAGAAAGAGUGGAGCGCAUCUAGAGGAGGAGUCCGGAAUUCCUUUACACUCAUCUGGGGUGAAUCUGUUUAUGCAGCAAAUACUUGAUGGAAAUUGGGAUGACAGCGUAGCCACAUUGCAUAAAAUAGGUCUGAUAGAUGAAAGCAUUGUAAAGUCAGCCUCAUUUUUAAUAUUGGAGCAGAAAUUUUUUGAACUUCUAAAUGGGGAGAAGGUCAUGGAAGCAUUGAAGACCUUGAGGAUAGAGGUUGCUCCACUUUGCAAUAAUAGUAGUAGAAUUCGUGAACUUUCUUCUUGCGUAGUGUCUCCAUCUCCGAGGCAAGAUAUUUUAAGGGUGAGGUCUCGGUCAAAGCUUCUGGAGGAAUUACAGAAACUGCUUCCCUCAACAGUAAUGAUACCUGAAAAUAGGUUGGAACAUCUAGUUGAACAAGCCCUUAUCUUACAACGAGAGGCUUGCCCAUUCCACAACUCAUUGGACAGGGAAAUGUCAUUAUAUUCAGAUCAUCAUUGUGGAAAAGAUCAGAUACCUUCGAGAACAUUACAGAUAUUAGAAGCACAUGAUGAUGAUGUCUGGUUUGUACAAUUUUCACAUAAUGGGAAAUAUUUAGCUUCAGCAUCAAAUGAUCGAACUGCAAUUAUCUGGGAGGUUGGCAUAAAUGGUGGACUGUCUGUGAAGCAUAGAUUAUCUGGUCACCAGAAGCCUGUUUCUUCUGUUUCAUGGAGUUCUAAUGACCAAGAGCUCCUCACUUGUGGAGUGGAGGAGGUUAUUAGGCGGUGGGAUGUCUCUACUGGUCAGUGCCUCAAUAUCUAUGAAAAAGCUGGUGCUGGCCUAGUCUCUUGUACAUGGUUUCCAAGUGGGAAAUAUAUACUGUCUGGCUUAAGUGACAAGAGCAUUUGCAUGUGGGAAUUAGAUGGGAAAGAAGUGGAGUCUUGGAAAGGACAAAAAACCCUUAAGAUUUCUGAUUUAGAAAUAACGGGUGAUGGGAAAGAGAUUCUAAGUAUUUGUAAAACCAAUGCGAUACUAUUGUUCAAUCGAGAAACAAAGGGUGAGAGAUUUAUUGAAGAGUAUCAGACAAUAACCUCUUUUUCUUUAUCAAAGGAUAACAAAUUCUUGUUGGUUAACCUUUUGAACCAAGAAAUACAUCUAUGGAACAUUGAAGGUAAUCCUAAGCUGGUUGGCAAGUACAAAAGUCAUAGACGCGCCCGGUUUAUUAUCAGGUCUUGCUUUGGCGGACUUAAGCAAGCUUUUAUUGCUAGUGGAAGUGAGGAUUCACAGGUUUACAUAUGGCACAGAAGCUCAGGAGAGCUAAUAGAGGCAUUGCCUGGUCAUUCAGGAGCUGUUAAUUGUGUGAGCUGGAAUCCAGCGAACCCCCACAUGUUAGCCUCGGCCAGUGAUGACCGGACAAUUCGGAUAUGGGGUGUAAAUUGUCUGAAUAAGAAGUACCAAAAUGUUCACAGCAAUGGCAUCCAUUAUUGCAACGGGGGAACUUAGAUGACAAACUCAUUUUCAUUUUAUUUCUCUUUUUGUUAUCAUUGCAAUUGUGUAAAUACCAUUACUAUCACCACAAGUAGACAUUCAUAUCAAACAUGCAUGUGACUUUUCUCAAAUCCUAUAAUAAAUUCAUGUUCCAUUUA